AUGAGCUCCCCUGUCAUCUCUACAGCGCACGUUCGUGGCCACCCAGAGUUCACGACCCACAAUACCCCUCCGAAUGUGCUCAACCGCCUACAUGCUCUCUUUUCGUCCGGCAACAAUGGGGAGGCGGGACCAUCGCGAUCUCGACGACCAAGCGUGGAUGUACCUGGGGACCGGGAGAUAUUCAGGGCGAUGACGGUGCCAACACUGCCUACGCCCCCGCCGAAAGUGGUGCCGGAUAGAAAUGCGCUGGUGAUCAGGCUGGUCACUUGGAACAUGGGAGAUGCCAUUCCAAAAGGAGAUCUUUCCGUCCUUCUUGGCGAAGUACCCGAAUAUUCGCCUCUCGAGAUCCGCGAUGGCCUGCCUAUCGUCCCGGUCGAGGACAUCCACCCAUACCAUAUCAUCGUUGUGGCCGGCCAAGAAUGCCCGACAGAGUCUGGCGCACCGAGGGGAAUAGGCGGCGGUCUGAUGAAGGGAAUGAAGCUGCAUGGACUGCAUCAUCACAGAAAGGGGAAAGAGAGGGAGAAGGAGGAGCAAAAGGGCAAAGAGGCCAAGGAGGAAGAGCUGGACGAGAGCUCGGACAGCACGCAGGAUGGUCGUCCGUCGUAUAUGACUCCUGGAGAGGAAGGGGAGGGAUCAGCGGAAUCGGCAGAGGGGUCAAGAGCGACCACGCCUACCCUGGGGAGUACGCCAACUCUGCACCGGCAUGGGCACAUACAUCAGCCGGUCGCCAAGGGGUGGAGCAGUAUGCUGGAUGACUGGCUCUGCGGGACGGUCCAGAAAACCGAAAAGGCUCGCUCGGCCGACCCUACUGCCGCACCCCAACCUACCUCGAACCUUCUUGGUGUCGACCCGCCAUCCAUGCAACGCUCGGCCUCUGCUCCGAUGGCCAUCUCAACGUCCGUCCAGUCUACAACAACAUCCAUCCUCCACUCGCGGUCCCCUCUCGCUCGGUCUCCCUCCUCCUUCACUUCGUCCCAAUCUCUAUCGGACAGCGACUCGAGCGCUUCGGAAAUGGAGGCGUCAUUCCAGCUUCCCGUCCCACCUCCCAUCGCUCGAAUGGCCUCAGACCUCCGACGUGCGGCUCGACCGGAGAUCAUCAUUCCAACGGACGAGCCGCCCAAGGCGAUGGAGGGUUCCAAAUGCUACACCCAUCUCACAAAGCAGAGGCUUAUGGGGAUGUAUCUCUCGGUGUAUGUGCACAAGGAUUGUCGGCACCUUGUCGAAGGGGUGGAUAAGGACUUUGUCACUGCGGGGCUGGCAGGUGGCAGACUGGGUAAUAAGGGCGGGAUUGGAAUCAGCUUGAAGAUCGCCGAUCACCGUUUACUAUUCGUCAAUUCUCAUCUCGCCGCACAUACUGGCCGCAAUCAAGCUCGGAUGGCGAACAUCGCCAAGAUCAAGUCGGAGCUCAACUUGGACUGCUUCUUGCCAAAAGACGAUCCUCGGGCGAAUGAGAAGGAUUUGACGGACAGAUUUGACUCAGUGUUUUGGUGUGGCGAUUUGAACUUCCGACUUGAUGUCGCUCGCUUGCACGCAGAAUGGCUUGUCGAGCAAAAGAAAUAUGCCGAAGCCCUCACAUGGGAUCAGCUCCGGAAUGCCAUGAUGGAUCCCGCCACCAACCCCUUUAUCGGCUUCGAGGAGGGCAUCAUCGACUUUCCCCCUACAUUCAAGUACGAUGUGUGGAAAUCGGUAAAAUCGACCAACAAGGACCUCCGCCGCUCGCUUCGUCGACGCAACUCGGUCACCAAGCCUCGGCAGGCGGAACCUGGAUCGGGUAUGGCGACGCCAAAAGUCCUCGACCACGUUCCCGAGGCGGACGGGGAGGACUUUGACGAUGCUCGAUCGCGUAUCAGCGAUGACUGUAGAUCACCGGAUCUCUCUCGCCAGUCCUUCGAGUCGUCCCGCUCCGUCCGGUCCGUCUCGAACGCCACUGCGGACUCGCACAUCGGCCGGAGCAACUCCUUCCGGAGUCCGGCGGAGAUCAGCCAGGCUGAGCUCAACAGCAUGAUGAAUUCACACCGGCCGCUCGAUGUCAAACUGAAGGAAAAGACGAGGAAACUCGUCCAGCUCGUCAAGAUCAAAACACACCUCUCUCCCUCUCCAUCCAUCCCCAAACGUCCUGCUCGGUCGCAGAGUAUUUCUAAAAAGCCGUCGAUGGAGUUUGAUCAGGCUAGCCGCCGGACAUCGCUCUCCUCCUUUACAUCCACCCGCGAGCGCGAGACUUCGCCCGAAUUGCCCUCCGGAUUCCGGCCAUUCGGCCUGGCGGACUCGGCACUGCUCUCGCCCAUCGAGGCAAAGAGCCCGGAUGCGGAACGGCUCGGGAUCGCCCGUCGACCGAGUAUGGCGUCGUCUUUCGGCUCGCCUCAGCGGCCGCAGCGAGCUUUCAGCUUGAAGCGGACUUUAUCAGGGCGGUCGAUGAAGUUGGAUACGCCGGACGAGAGUGAGAAGCUGGAUAUGCGGGAAGAUAGGCGGGAGGGCGUGUACGAUUCGUCCAAGAAGCAGAGGGUGCCAAGCUGGUGUGAUCGGGUACUGUGGAAAGCGCAUCCCAUCCCAGACUUGCCUGAGCCUGCUUCGGAUCAACUUCAACGUGAGGUCAACAUGUACCAGGACCGUCCGCGGUUCGGCCGUCUCACCCUCGUCCUGUCCAACAUCGGCCGGCAUCGCAAAUUCCCAGUCACUCGGACCAUGUCUAUCGAACCAUCGCCAUCCACCAGAUCCAUGACUCCCCCUCCCCUUCUCCCUCGUCUGGAACAGCCCAUCAUCUCCCCGGACCGUACGCUUGUCGAUAGUGUUUCCCGACCCACUUCCGGAAACGCCACUCCUACCGGUCAAGUCCCCCAUCCCAAGCCUCACCCCAGCCACGACUCGCACGUCCAUCCCCGUACGCGCCCCAUGUCUACCGAUACGCACAACUCCUCAUCGCCCAUCUCGCCCGUCCGUCAUCCCCUGCUCCAGACUGGCGGGAGCCAGUCCGGCUCUCCCGCACGGCCGCGUAUCACUAUCGAUCCGAACGCUACUCCGGGGCACGAUCACUUGACGCGACCACGCGCCAACUCGGAGACUGUACCCGACGCGCCUAGCGCCCGCGCCCAACUCUUCGGGGCGAACGCGACAAACGGGCGAAGUCUGCCUCCUCCUCCUGUUCGACGCCUGACGGGCGAGCCUGCCCCGGCGAUACAUACGGACGAAGACGGAAUGGUCAUGCACCGCGUCCGGUCUGGGUCUGGGUCAGGGCCAGGGCCGGACUCUGGUGCACCGGCGUUGGGGGCAAGGAACUGGGCUAGGACCAUGACGAUCCAGUCUGGGGUAGGGGGGAGAGAGGACGGGCGUCCAGGCGGUGGAACCGGCAAUGCGUUCACGCGAUUCAUCCACGAGAUCCCGAACUGGCUACAUCGGCAUCAGGGGAGCAGCGGGACGGUGGAGCCAGAGCUGGAGCGUUCGGUGGUCGUCGAGGAGGAGGCGCCGAGGAGGCAUAUACAGGGCGAGGUGGUUUGCCUGCAUUAUGGGACGAUUGAUGAUGCGGGAAUGAGACUGUUGGAGGGACGAUCGGAUCAUCGGCCAGCUAUCUUUGCGGCUGCCAUUUACUUAUAG